AUGGAACUCACAAUCGUCCAGUUUACCGUCCUGGUGGUCUACACCGUGGUGUCUUCUGCCCUGUUCCUAGGCUAUAUGACCGCUUCCAGCUCUCACCUCACAGCCACUCCCGAGGCGUUCAGGAAAGAGGGCUGCCUUAUCCCUCGACUAAUCAUCUUCGGCCUUAUCCCGUGCUUACUGUGGCCAGUGGUCGUGGUUAUCUUUAUUCUUUCCAUUCUGGUUUACGGUGCGGGCGCCGCCAUCCUCUUCUUUCUCAGGCUCUCUGCCCUGCAGCUGAGGUAUGGUGUGGAGAUGUGCUGUGGCUUUGAGUCUGAGCGGGCGGACGUCGAUCUGGAGACGGGACUUGGGGGCGACCAUAGUGCUGCGGAGCCGUCGGUGGCUGCCGAGGAUACCGAGUUGGAAAACAUCGAAAUCGCCGAGCACCAGGUUGAAACCGCCCCCAGUCCCCCAAUGCAGAUGAGGCUUCCCGAGCAGCCGGCAUCGACUGAUACAGAGGACGAAAGUGAAGGCACUUCCUCGAUAUACAUGAAGGGGUUCGACGCAACGUGGCAGGAGUUCCGGGCCUCGGCGCAGACCAUCGCGGUCCCGAUACAGCACGCCAUGGCAGUGAUCUGGGAUUUUGCUGACCCUCGGGCCGGCAUCCUGGUCUUGACUGCGUGCCUGCUGUACCGUCUCGGUCGCAUGCUGUUUUCGCGUCUGCUGGGCGUGCCGGGCCCGGUUGUCCGCCUCGGACCGAAUCGCUACUCUGUCGCUAGUUGCGACGGGCUGCGAGCUGUGUAUGGGCCAGCAGCGGCAAAGACGUUCCCCAAGUCGCCGUCGUACUACCCAGCAUCUCCGCCGGAUCGGGAAAAGUGGACGUUGUUCGCCGACGACGACAUCCAGCGCCACGCACGAAACCGCCGCCUCUUUCAAAGCACCUACUCGAUGACGUCUCUGGUCACAUACGAGACCUACGUCGACGAGUGCACCGACCUGUUCUCCCUUCGCCUUUCCGAGCUGGCAGCAGCAAAUGUUCCGGUCGGCAUGGGUUUCUGGUUCCAGUGCUUCGCUUUCGAUGUCAUUGGGCUCAUCACGUACUCGUCACGGCUCGGUUUCCUGGACCAAGGUGAGGACAUUGGCAGCGUCAUCAAGACCAUCGACGACGAGAUGGUGUACUUCUCGCUGGUCGGAGUCUACAGCUACCUCCACAAACUGAUAUUCCCAAUCAGAAACUGGCUGGCUGGGACAAAGGGGACUGGCCGGACCUACCUGAUGAAAUUCACUAAGGACAGGGUAGCUGAGCAUGUCGUCGCGCCGAAAAGCGUCACGAUCGAGGAUGCAGAGGCGCGCAAGGUGCCGCUGGACUUCCUGUCCAAGUUCCUCAACAUGAACGCGUCGGACUCCGAGUUUACCAUGUAUCACGUCCUUGCUGGGUGCGCGUCAAACAUCGUGGCCGGCUCAGACACGACGGCGACGUCCCUCUCUGGCAUUCUGUACCACCUGCUCAAGAACCCCGGCACUCUUGAAAAGCUCAGGCAGGAAGUCUCUUCAGUCGCAGCAGAAGUGCCAGAGAAUCGACCCAUAACCUGGAACACGGCCCAGGCCAUGCCUUAUCUGCAGGCGGUGAUCAAGGAAGCCCUGAGACUACACACCGCCGUCUCGCUUCCGAUGGAGCGCGUGGUUGCUCCCGGCGGCACGACAAUUGAGGGAUACCACUUCCCUAAAGGUACCUAUGUCGGAAUCAACAACUGGGUCUACCACCGGAGCAAGUCUAUCUUUGGGGAGGAUGCCGAUCAGUUCAAACCUGAGCGGUGGCUGACCCAAGACCCCAACCAUCUGAUACAGAUGCACAGAAACCUGAUAUCAUUUGGUGCUGGCGCUCGGACUUGUAUUGGGCGGCACAUUGCUUCGUUGCAGAUCUCGAAGCUGGUACCAACCCUGGUCCGGGACUUUGACUUUGAGCUCAGCGAAGAAAUCGCGGGCCCUGAUCAGGAGUGGAAGACAAAGAAUUACUUCUUUUUGAAGCCUACCAACUUCCGGGUCCGAGUCACGCAGAGGAGGUAG